AUGGCCAUCCGACCAAUCACGAGAUCUCCUAUCUUUCUCUUGACCAUCAGCAUCUGCUUGGCGUUACCUCUUCUCGCCAUCUCAUCACAUGUCCUGUCUUCCUAUCGUGUCGAACAUGCCUCGAAUCCGUGGUGGCUACCCGUCUGGCACGAACACUUUGACAACCGUGGUAUCGUCGCUGUUAUUGUGACUUCUUCCAUCGUCUUUGCUCUCGAUAUCAUUUCUAUUGGGCUAGUGGUUGCUGGAAACAAGACUGAUGAUAAGAGCAAGAUCAGCAAGUGGACUAUUGUAGCAGUGAUGCUAGUAGCUACAGUGGCAUCUCUGGUCGCUAUGAUCAUGCCAGCCGUCACCAACGCUGCGGUUCCGAGUAAGUCUGAUACCAUUCAGACCUGGACCUGUCAUUGGAAGGAUGUCGACGGUGCACCCAAGAACUUUACAUCUCUGUGUCAUGAGAGUAAAUUCUCCUCGUAUACUCCUAUCCCGAUGUUCGUCAUACAUCUUCUACUUUUGGUUCAGAGUGUGCAAGCUGCUGUUGCUGUGCCUCAACCAAAGCCGACCUUUGAUGAAGAGCUGGUCAUCAUCACCAAGAGUGUUGAUGUCGCUAGUACAGGCUUACACGACAGUCCAAGAGUCGACGACAGCACCAUGGUGGCUGGGAAAGAGUAUAGAGUUUAG